AUUUACUCCCGUAGAAGAGGGAAGGGCAGCACACAAACCGGAAACCGCGUCCGUUUUGGAAUCUAAUCGAUCGAUCGCUACGCUCUUGUAUACCUAUAUAAUCAAUCUGACCUGCGUACCCAGCAGUGGGUCAAUCUCACGCCCUGAGAUUAGAGAGAAGAAGAACCGCAUACAUAUACGAUCUCACGAUCGAUUGGGUGCGCACAAGUCGAUCUGCAGGGAAUCAUAUCGGUCGACCAUGGCGGAUCGGCCGGGAGAUUCGUGGCACAAGGAGAAUUUGCCAGAGGAGCCAAAGCAGCACCAUCCUGCUCAAGCCGCAGUCUCAUCCGCUGCUUCCAGAGGGAGGUACGCAAGGAGUCGAGCUGGGUGGGCUUCCAAGGAGAGGAGUACCCCAUGCAUCAGGAGCCAAGCUGCUUAUGCUUCUAAGGAGAGGAGCACUCCUGAAGGUGUCAACAUGGACGAACAUGGAUUUAGGUUUCGGUUCAAUUUCCCUCGACCCAAAUAUGAGUACGGCACCCUGGAUUUCGGUGAGGACGAUGAAGAUGAGUGUUUACCGAGGCAGAGAAAACCUCCGGAGGUAAGGAAUGCACUCCGUGAGAAGAGAGUCGCGUUUCGGCAAAAGACCACGCGCCUCCAUGCCAAGGUAGCUCUGCGUAAAUACAACAGAGCAAACAGCACCAAGUUUGAGCUGGUGGAGGUACGAGUGAUCCGUCAAUUUUGGGAGUUUGGAGGGGGCUGCAUCCAUUACAACUUCACCGCUAAGCCACAGGAUCAGCAUUCUGCUGAUGACGACAGCACCAAGCUCUUCUUCUCUGAAAUAGACUCCCCUUUCCAUGGCGAGAAUGAUGUGCUCCUGUGCUGCAUUGUUGGGGAAAAUGAUAAUGGGCAUUGUCACGGCUGCGAAGGCUUCAAGCCAACCGUUGUUCACCCUAGUAGCCAAGCAUAUGGCGGCGGUAGUAGUACGUGCAUUGAUUUUGCUGGUUCAGACGGCAGCUCAGAGAGUGAUUAAAUACUCAAAAUCUUGCAGUGGCUGAACUCGGUGGUUGGAUUUGGCUUGCAUGACUAAUCUUCCCGUGUAUUCUGUCUUAACUCUUCUUGCCAAGAAAAUUGCACUUCUGGUGGUUAAAUGGUUAAUGCCUUCCUUAAAUAUCUUUUAGGGGGUAUAUUUGUAGUGAGUUGGUAAGUAAAGUUAAAU